AUGUCAGAACAGGAGAAAGAUUCUAGACAUAAUGAGGGUUUAUCAACAUCUCCAAACAAGAGCGAAUUAGACAGUAAAACGAAGAAAGCUAUGGAGUCAAUGGCUCCUUUCCUGAUGGAUUUUGUUCCUAAGACUUCUUCCAGCGAAAAUACUUCAUUGAAGCUACUACCUGUUAGUCCUAAGGAAGGUUCCGAUGAAGAAGAUGAGGAUGUAGGUGCGACAUUACAGAGAACGUUAAGUCAUAAUUCACAACAUGGUAAUUCGACGACAAUCAAAGCUGCUAGCUCUCCCAGUGUUAACAUUGCAGCCAAGGAAUAUGUUUUAAAUCCUAUUAAGUUCAAUGAUAAUUCUUUCAAUUCUAACCCGAAUCCGGUAUCUAUGGAUCCUCCAUCUCCUUCAGCAAGCAACAGUGAAGCUUCGAGCAAUAAUAGUAGUGCACCAAACUCAACUGCUUCCUCCAAAAGACCGUCUAUUUCUCACGUGAAACUUCAAUUACCAAAAAUUGGUAAAAUUGGGGUUUGUGCCAUGGAUAAUAAAGUCCUUUCCAAACCAUGCAGGAGAAUUCUAAAUACGUUGAUUGAAAAUGGUGAAUUUGAAACAAUAAUAUUUGGUGAUAAAGUUAUAUUAGAUGAGAGUGUCGAAAACUGGCCAACUUGUGACUUUUUGAUUUCUUUUUUCUCCAAUGGUUUUCCAUUAGAGAAAGCUAUCCAAUAUGUAAAUUUAAGAAAGCCAUUUUUUAUCAAUGAUCUAGUAAUGCAGAAAGCUCUUUGGGAUAGAAGAUUAUGUUUGAGACUUUUAAAAAGCGCAGGUGUCCCGACACCGCCUAAAUUAGAAAUUAGCAGAGAUGGUGGUCCAGUCUAUGACGAUCAAUUAAAGUCUAUGUUAAUUGAGAGAGGGGUAUCGAUUGAUCCAAUUCCAGAACCAAAAUGGCGAAUGAUUGAUGAAGACACUUUAGAAGUCAAUGGUGAAACCAUGACUAAACCCUUUGUCGAAAAACCUGUUGACGGAGAAAAUCAUAAUAUUUAUAUAUAUUAUCAUUCUAAAGAUGGUGGUGGUGGUCGAAGGCUAUUUAGAAAAGUUGACAAUAAGUCUUCGGAAUUUGACCCCACAUUAUUAAUGCCUCGUACUGAAGGAUCAUAUAUAUAUGAAAUGUUCAUCGAAACAGACAACUCUGAAGAUGUCAAAGCCUACACAGUUGGAGAAAACUUUUGUCAUGCCGAAACAAGAAAGUCGCCGGUUGUUGAUGGUAUUGUCAGAAGAAAUACGCAUGGUAAAGAAGUUAGAUAUUUGACAGAAUUAAGCACAGAAGAAAAGCAGAUGGCAAGUCGUGUUUGUAAGGUUUUUUCUCAAAUGAUAUGUGGAUUUGACAUUUUACGUGUAAAGGGUAAAAGUUACGUUAUCGAUGUCAAUGGGUUUUCCUUUGUAAAAGAUAAUGCUGCGUAUUAUGACCAUUGUGUGAGGAUUCUAAGGGAAACUUUUAUUGAAGCCAAAAAAAGAAUUGAUUUAAGGAAGAAAAAUUUACCAGUUAUUCAAGAAGAAAAGUCUCAAAAAUGGGUAUUCAAGGGAUUGGUCACUGUCAUUCGCCAUGCUGAUAGAACACCUAAACAAAAAUUCAAGCAUUCUUUCACCUCUCCUAUAUUUAUUUCACUAUUAAAGGGACAUAAAGAAGAAGUUGUGAUAAGAAAAACAGAUGAUUUAAAGAUUGCUUUAAAAGCUUUACAGCUUGCUAUCGAUGAGAAUGCAGAAGAUCCCACAAAAUUAUAUGUCCUGUUUAAAGCAUUGAAAAAGAAACUAGAUUUUCCAGGAACCAAAAUUCAAUUAAAGCCUCUUUUGAAUAGUGAUAAAGAGGUAGAGAAGGUCCAAUUUAUUUUGAAAUGGGGUGGCGAACCAACACAUUCUGCCCGUUAUCAAGCUCGUGAAUUAGGUGAACAAAUGCGUCAAGAUUUUGAUCUCUUGAACAAAUCAAUACUUCAAAACAUCAAAAUUUUUUCCUCAUCAGAAAGACGUGUUUUACUCUCUGCUCAAGUAUGGGCAUCAGCCUUAUUUAGUGAAAAUGAAGUGGGAAGUGACGAAAUUAAUAUUAGAAAAGAUUUGCUUGAUGAUAGUAAUGCUGCCAAAGACUUAAUGGACAAAGUAAAAAAGAAACUGAAACCAUUACUAAGAGUUGGAAAUGAAAUUCCAUCUCAAUUUGCUUGGCCAGCUAAGAUGCCCGGUCCUUAUACGGUCACAAAAAGAGUUGUCGAUUUGAUGAAUUAUCAUCAUGAGGUCCUCAAUCUUAAUUAUCAAACAAAGGACGUCGAUACAUUUCAAAAACGUUGGUGUUGUGGUGAAGAUCCGUUCCUAUUUAAGGAAAGAUGGGAGAAACUUUUUAAAGAAUUUGUUAGCGUUGAAAAAUUAGAUCCAUCAAAAAUAUCAGAGCUUUAUGAUACCAUAAAAUAUGAUUCGCUCCAUAAUCGUGAAUUUUUAGAACACGCAUUCGAUCCUAGUGGAUUUGAUCAUCAAAUCAUCGAUGAGGUGUCCAGUCAUUUCCUUGUUAAUAACUACCCUGUCAAUGUUUUGGCCAAGAAUAAUUUCAAAAUCACAGAUACUGUACCUAAACAUUCUAGCUCAUCUACUGCUAGCAGGAGUUCUAGUCUUCUUGGGUCUUCAGGGUGGGUUAUUGAAAGCAAAAAGCCAGUAGAUUUUGAAAAGACUCAACAAAGUUCAUGUUUUGAAAAAAGACGUUUCAUCCUUUUCCAAGAAUUAUUUAAGCUAACCAAAGUUCUAUUUGACUUUAUAUGUCCUAAAGAAUACGGCAUUAAGGAUUCAGAGAAAUUAGAUAUUGGGCUCUUGACCUCUUUACCAUUGGCCAGGCAAAUUUUAGACGAUAUAGACGCAAUGAAAACGAGACAAGACCCUGAGUGUAUUGCAUAUUUUACAAAAGAGUCUCAUAUCUAUACAUUAUUAAAUAUUAUUUAUGAAUCAGGUAUACCUAUGAGAAUUCCAAGGAAUGCGUUACCUGAAUUUGAUUAUCUUUCUCAGAUUAAUUUUGAACUAUAUGAAAGCACAGAUGGCAAUGGAGAAAAAAUGCAUUCGAUUAGAUUAAAAAUGUCACCUGGUUGCCAUACACAACAUCCAUUAGAUGUCCAGCUUGAUGAUAAACACUAUAUAAGUUGUAUUCACAAAAUUUCUUUAACAAAACACUUGGAUAUUGAUUAUGUCCAAGAGAAGAUUAGAAAUAAAUUUACAAGAGUUAACUUACCUAAGAAAUUUACUCCAGUUAAUAUUACUAGUCCAAAUCUAACAUUUCAACCAGGUAUGAGAGAUUUUAACAAGAUCAGUGAUGUAUCGUUGGAAUCAAGGGAAACGGACAACACAAACAGUACAGAUAAUACCGAAAGCACUUUAAACUUGACGAAAGCUUCCGAAUUGACUGUUUCGUCUAUUGAUGGUGUUUUGAAUGCUACUUCAGAUACUAUUAACAAGUAG